AUGGAACCCUCAGGAGACGGUCCCUUUCCUGGGAUCAUUGACAUACAUGGACGUGGAGGAGGUCUGUGGGAAUACAGAGUCAGCCUGCUGGCCUGUCGCAGCUUUGGUACACUGCCUCUGGCUUAUUAUAGAUAUGAGGAUCUUCCCAAAGUGUUGACUGAAAUCCAUCUGGAGUACUUUGAAGAAGCUGUGAACUACAUGCUGCAACACCCACAGGUAAAGAGUCCAGGAGUUGGGCUACUUGGAAUCUCCAAAGGAGAUGAACUGUGUCUCCAUAUAACCUCUUUCUCUAAGAACAUCACAGCCACUGUCUCCAUCAAUGGCUCCAUGAUCAGUUCACCCCCCGACGGCCAUUACAAGGAUGUGACCAUCCAUCCUCUGUUCCUAUGACCUGAAACGUAUCAGAUCACAGAGUCUGGAUUUCUAGAUAUUUUGAACAUGUAUAACGACCCAUUUCAUGAGCCUGGUUGCCAAAGCUUGAUCCCACUAGAGAAGGCUGAGGGGCACUUCCUCUUCAUCGUUGGCAAGGAUGAUCAUAUCUUUCAAAGCGAGUAUUUGGCUAAUAAAGUCUCUCAUAAUUUGCAGGGUAAUGGCAAGGAAAAGCCUGAGAUAACCAGUUACCCUGGAGCAGGGCAUAUUAUUGAACCCCCCUUUUUCCCUCUAUGUCCAGUGGCAGCAUGUGAAUUUGUGAACAACCUGGUUGUCGUGGGUGGUGAACCCAGAGCUCACUCUCAAGCACAGGUGGAUGCUUGGCAGCAGAUCCAAACCUUCUUCAACAAGAAUCUGAAUGGCAAAUUAAGCAUAACACAUAGCAAGCUGUAA